UCAGUGACCGAAACAAAUCGCAGGAGGAGUGUCGCUACCUUGCGCUAAAAAUACAAUUAUCGAAACAGUUGGCUUUAAAAAACAAGCAGCUAACUUGGAUUUCUGUGACAAGUAUGAAACAACAUUAGCAUAAAAAGCGAACCGCAUCUGUGAUUUGAGCUGCGAAGCUAUUUUUAAAUUAUGUUUAGACUUUAUUUUUGUAAAUAAAUUAAGAUUUAUUCGUGAUUUCGCGGUAUUCUCGUGGGGACCCUAUUGCGUGGAAUUCAACAGUGUAUGAUUUUAUGAAAGGAUGUUAAUAACGUUUAUUGAACAAAUAUCUGUGUUGGAGGUGUUUUGAAAUUUGAUGGGAUUGCACUACUGGUGCGAAGAGUCGGUGUGAUGGUGCGGGCGGCAGUGCUUCUGCUGGCGGUAGCACUGUGCCGCGCCGCUUCACUCGACUCCGAACUUGGCGUCGGCAAGUCCAUCAACAUAUUUAUGAGAUAUGGUUACCUCAGCAUAUGCAUGCGUGUGGUGCCACGUAACGACACCGACGGCUGGGUGUUUCGAGAACCGACAGUCAGUGUGUUCCGGGACGUCGACCGUUUCGUCAUUGCGCCGAAACCGAGACAAGCCAAGACUCUUUUUGACGGAGACUUUCAUAUGGAGUUUUGCGAUAACUUGAAGCAACUGCUGCAAGCUUACUUUAGGGAUUUUAGCUUUGAAAGGUUAGAACGACCAUGGCGGGCGUUCACAGCAGGGUGGCCUACGGACAUUAUGGCCCGAAAUCUUGGCAUCAACUCGUCCUUUAUCAACGGCGAUCAUUGCUAUGUACUUGUGAGGGUAUCAAGGUUCCGAGAAACAGCAAAACUAAAGGAUCUGCCAACAAACAUAGCAGUAGAAGACGUGGUAUUCGAGGCAAUAGACGAGACCUUGAUAGGCGAUACCGUAUCUAUAGCAGACUUCGUUCGGAAAUACGGAUCGCACUACAUUUCGUCGUACAUCACGGGUAACUCGCUAUACCAGGUAUUUGUGUUCUCGCGGGGCAUGUACUCUCGCAUCAAGGAGCGGGUGAAGGCUCGAGGGGUGUCGGAUGUACCGCUGAGUGAGAUGAACGACUACUUCUCUCCGCUCUUUGCUGAACACGUUGGCGCAGUCAAGGUGGCGAGCGGUAACAAGACCGUAGAGAGUUGGGCGAUGAAACGCCUCAGAGUACACUACUACAUAUUUUCUUAUCCAAGUCUACUAAAACUACACGGCGAACCGGCUCUACUGAGAAACCUGGACUCGUUGUUAGGAAACGAAGCUUUAUUACAAUUAGAAUUAAAGACAUUAUCGCCUGCGUUUAAGGAUGUGAAGAAAAAAAAGUGGUUCGAGGAAGUAAUAGACAAUUAUUUGAAGUUGUGGGAGAGUAAUAUGUGAUAACGGUUUUAGUCCAAUAAUCAGCCUGAGACUCCUCUAGAGGUUUUAUCGUUUGAAAAAAAACUUGAAACUGUAUUUACAAACAUUAUUUUAAGGUAGAAGCAGUCUAGACAGAACAAUCGUGCAAUAAGUGCGUAAGGACAUAACCUGCCUUACUAAAGACUCGUGACGUUGUUUAAACGACGUCGGCAUUUACAACAAGAUCAAAGACCAUGAAAAUCUAUAUGUAUUUUUGUAAUCUAUGGCCAAGUGUUCUGCACAUUAGAUAAUCUAAACACGUAAAUUUACCAAGACCGAUGUCUAUGGUUGUAUGACCACAAACUAGUUUAGUGAUCUGUGGUAUUAAUACUGAUAACAGUAGGAUAGGCCUUAAAGGACUUGAAUCCAUGGCCGUAAAAA